AUGUCUAACGAGACCUUCUACUUGCUUCCCUUGAACGACGAUGGCUCUCCGGACGUGCCUGGGGGUUUUAUCUAUCUUCCCCCACCAGACCAUCCAAAGUAUUCGCUCCGAUUCCUUAUCGAGGGGAGCAGCUCAAUAUGCAGGGAUGGGACGCUUUGGAUAAAUAUUCCUGAGAUUGGAAAAUCGUUUGAUCGUCAAUCGUUUCGGCCUUUUAAGUUAUAUCCGGACUUUAGCAGAAACAUUCAGAUCGAUGUCCCAGUCACCUGUCCCGGGUCUUUCGCAUACUAUGUAACCUACUCGCCACUCCCGGAGUUUACUAUCACAUCCAGCGCGCCGGUGAAGCCAGCAAGGACUCCGACUCAUUACAUUGAUGUGUCUCCAAGGCUCAGUCUUGCGGGCGAGGGUAUACCACUCAAUGCUCUAUCAAUAUUCUCGGUGAAUUCCAAAUUCAUGGGUAAGUAUCCGGAGGAUUGGAAUCAAUACCUGAACAGUAUCUCUCGGCGCAAGUAUAACAUGGUUCACUUCACUCCGUUGAUGAAACGAGGGGCAUCCAACUCGCCGUAUAGCAUUUUUGAUCAACUGCAAUUUGACGAUAUUGCAUUUCCGAACGGAGAAAAUGAUGUUCAAAAACUCAUCAAAGACAUGGAGGAGAAGCACUCCCUACUGUCCUUGGCUGAUGUCGUGUGGAAUCACACUGCCAACAACAGCAAAUGGCUCGAGGAACACCCAGAGGCUGGAUACAGCGUUGAAACUGCUCCCUGGCUCGAAGCAGCGCUGGAGCUGGACACUGCAUUAUUGAAAUUCAGCCAUGAACUACAAAAGCGCGGUCUGCCAACUGACUUUAAGACUGUCGACGAUCUGACGCUCGUUAUGAACGAAGUGAAGAACCAUGUUAUAGAAGACCUAUGCCUCUGGGAGUUUUACGUUCUCGACGUUAAGAGCAAUGCUCGGAGGGUUAUAGACGAGUGGAAAGUAUCCACAAACAGCGAUAUAGAACGUGGGCGCUGGGCGCAGCUCGAUCUAGGAGCCUACAAAGCGUGGUCAUUGGAAGAUCAGGCAAGCCUCAUUCGCCAGAAAGGAGUCCCGACUGCGGGCCAAAUCCUCGGAAGAUACAGUCGAGAAAUUGAUACUCAACUCGGGGUGGCCAUUGCUACUGCACUGUUUGGAAACUUUGACGCCACGUCGUCGGACUUGACUGCGGUUGAGAAUACCCUGCGCAAGCUGCUCGACGUAGUCAAUGUGCCGUUUUACAAGGAGUACAACUCAGAUGUCACCGAAAUCAUGAGUCAGCUUUUCAAUCGUAUCAAGUACCUGAGGAUUGAUGACCAUGGACCGAAGCUCGGUCCUGUGACCGACCAAAAUCCGCUCAUAGAGUCGUACUUCACCAGACUGCCUCUGAACGAAAUCACUAAGAAACACAGCCCCAAAGCAUUAGCCCUCGCCAACAAUGGCUGGAUAUGGAACGCGGAUGCUAUGCGCGAUAACGCUGGGCCCAAUUCUAGGGCAUACCUACGGCGAGAAGUGAUUGUCUGGGGAGACUGUGUCAAAUUGCGGUAUGGAGAUGGCCCUGAAGACAACCCUUUCUUAUGGGACUUCAUGGCCAGGUACACUCGCUUAAUGGCCAAGUACUUUUCUGGCUUCAGAAUUGACAAUUGUCACUCCACACCUUUGGUAGUUGCAGAGUACCUGAUUGACGAGGCACGAAAAAUCCGCCCCGACCUUGCAAUUUUUGCCGAACUUUUUACGGGGUCUGAAGAAGCCGAUUAUAUUUUUGUCAAGCGGCUCGGUAUUAACGCACUCAUCCGCGAGGCCAUGCAAGCCUGGAGCGCGGGAGAGCUAAGCCGUUUGGUGCACCGUCAUGGUGGCCGUCCCAUAGGCAGUUUUGAGUUGGAUCUGCCCUCCCCAGGCCUAGAUCUUUCAAAAUCCCAAGUGAGUGGUAGCGAGAGGGAAAUAAUACGCAGUAUACGCCCCAUUCCCGUUCCAGCGUUGUUCAUGGACUGUACACAUGACAAUGAAAUGCCAGCGCAAAAGAGAACGGCGACAGAUACACUACCAAACGCUGCUCUUGUAGCAAUGUGUGACUCUGCCAUUGGAAGCGUUAUGGGAUAUGAUGAAGUCUAUCCCAAAAUCGUGGAUCUUGUGCAUGAAACCCGACUGUACUCCUUCUUUGAUCUUCCGGAAUCCCCAACUCUUGACGAACUGGUCAAUCUUAAGGGGAUCAGUGGCUUGAAGCGGCUGCUCAACGAACUUCAUACUAUGAUGGGUCAAAUGGGGUACGAUGAAACUUUCAUUCAUCAUGAUGGUGAAUACAUCACCGUGCAUAGGGUGCAUCCACAAACGCGAAAGGGUAUAUUCUUGAUCGCCCAUACAGCUUUUCCCGGUCAGAAUAGCGGAGCCCUUCUCGCCCCUAUACACCUCGCUGCUACUCGAGCCAAGCCUAUCGGAUCGUGGCUCCUCAAGGUUCAAGAACUAUCUGACGACAAGGAGCGUGCCCUAUCGGACAAAGUUUACCUUCAAGGAUUGCCAAGUGAGGUUUUGAAGAUCGAGGGUGCUCGAAUUGAAGAAACAGAUCGCGAAACUAUAAUCUCAGUUUUAGACCCAUUCAUCCCAGGAUCUAUUGCAUUAUUCGAGACAUCAAUACCCAGUCUUGAGCACGCAGAUGAGCUGAGUAAUGAUGCUAUUACUGAUGGAGCAGUGGAGGCAUUUUCGGAACUGAGCUUGAUUGACCUGAACUUUGUGCUCUACCGCUGCGAUGCUGAAGAACGUGAUUCAAGCGGUGGCCAGGAUGGAGUCUAUGACAUCCCAAACCACGGACCAUUGGUUUAUGCUGGCCUUCAGGGUUGGUGGAGUAUUUUGGAAGGCAUCAUCAGAUACAAUGAGCUGGGCCAUCCGCUCUGCGAUCAUCUCAGACAAGGCCAGUGGGCCCUUGACUAUAUUGUUAAUCGCUUGAUGAAAGCCACAAAAAAUCCACAGUAUGCCGCUCUUAGGCGUCCCGCUGAAUGGUUGGAAGCAAAGUUCCAAAUCGUCCGCGGUCUACCGAGCUUUCUUCUUCCUCGCUACUUUGCUAUAAUUGUUCAAACCGCUUAUGUGGCUGCCUGGAACAGGGGUAUACAGCUCCUGGGUGAUGAUGUGAGGGUGGGUCAGGCUUUCACCCAACAGCUUGCCAUGGUCAGCGUGCAGCAGACUGGAUUUGUGAAUUCCGCAUCAUUAUGGCCCAAAAAAUCAGUCCCAAGUCUUGCAGCUGGUCUACCGCAUUUUGCAACAGAUUGGGCUAGAUGUUGGGGCCGUGAUGUCUUCAUAUCUCUUAGGGGACUACUUCUGUGCACUGGAAGAUUCAUUGACGCUAAGGAGCAUAUCCUCGCUUUUGCCAGCGUGCUAAAGCAUGGUAUGAUUCCUAAUCUAUUAGGCAGCGGUAAACUUCCGCGGUAUAACUCUCGCGAUUCCAUAUGGUUUUUGCUGCAGGCUAUACAAGAUUACACGAAGAUGGCACCUGACGGUCUUGAAUUGCUGCAAGACAAGACUCCCAGACGAUUCCUACCGUACGACGAUACGUGGUUCCCAUUUGAUGAUCCGAAGGCAUAUUCGCAGACCUCAACCAUCGUGGAUAUAAUCCAAGAAGUAUUCCAGCGCCAUGCACAAGGAAUCUCCUUUCGUGAGUAUAAUGCGGGCCCAGAGCUCGAUGUGCAGAUGAAAUCGGAGGGAUUCAAUAUCGACAUCCGCGUGAACUGGGAAACAGGUUUGAUUUUUGGCGGCAGCCAGCACAACUGUGGGACAUGGCAAGACAAGAUGGGAGAAAGCGAGAAAGCCGGUAACAAGGGUGUACCCGGUACUCCACGAGAUGGCGCUGCUAUUGAAAUUACCGGACUGCUUUACAGUGCCCUGAAGUGGGUUACAGAACUUAACAAGCAGGGCUUGUUUCCUUACGACAAAGUGGAUAUUGGAAAUGGCAAAUCUAUCACAUUCGAAGGCUGGGCUGCGAAGGUGAAAACUAAUUUCGAGCGCUGCUAUUAUAUACCGCUGGAUCCGAAUGAUGACGAUCAAUACGACAUCGACUCCGGAAUUGUGAAUCGUCGGGGCAUCUACAAAGACCUUUACAGAUCGGGUAAACCUUACGAGGACUACCAGCUUCGGUCUAAUUUCCCAAUCGCCAUGGUUGUGUCACCAGAACUGUUUGAUCCUUCCAAAGCGCUGGGUGCGCUCGCUAUUGCCGAUUCUGUGCUUGCUGGUCCCCUAGGAAUGGCUACGCUCGAUCCUUCUGAUCUGAACUAUCGCCCAGACUACAAUAACGCGGAAGACUCCACCGAUUUUGCAACAUCAAAAGGCAGAAACUACCAUCAAGGUCCGGAGUGGGUUUGGCUACGAGGAUACUUUCUCCGCGCACUCUUGUACUUUGAUCUUGCGCGACGCAAGACUGCGGAUGAGCGGACGGAAGCAUUCCAGCAGGUAACAAGAAGGCUAGCGGGUUGCAAGAAAGCUCUGAGGGAAAGCCCUUGGAAGGGCCUUACUGAGCUAACAAAUAGGAACGGCAAUCAUUGUGCAGACUCGUCACCAACUCAAUCAUGGUCGGCAGGUUGUCUACUCGAUCUUUAUUAUGACGCCUCACGGUAUAUUUAACUCUUGCCAUUUAGAAGAACAGAUAUAUACUUCAUAACUGUCAGCGCCGCGGAAGGCUGAGAGCAUGUGGUAAAUUAGCAUAAUAGUGAUAGAGCAUAAACUGAAAUUUCAGCUACCAGUGAAGUUCU